AUGGACGCAAUUUUGGCGGGAAAGGCAUUUCUUGACUUUUGCAUACUCUUGAGCAGCAUAGCGGAUACCCCUUACUUAUUGCAUGCUUUCUCUCCACUUCACGCGCGUGAAAAUCAGCCGGAGAAACUCGGCGCUACAUUACCGUCUUUCUGGUCAACACUCACCUUUUGCGGUCACUCAACGUCACUCUUCCAGCGUUUACAACGCAAAGGGCAUCUAGACUCAGGACCAAAAAUCAGUGGGGCACGAACCUCUUUUAAAGCCCACCAUCCACGGUUCGAAACAUUUCGGAAUGAUUUCCUACAAUCUCUGACUUGCUUUACUCCUCAUCUAGUAUCAUCCCAGCAAUUAGGGUGGCGAAGUGUGUUUCAGCCAAUUGGGCUACCGGAAUUCACGAGUAGGGAGUGGACCGCAGGAGCAGAAGGCUGCAGCUAUAUUGAAAACUGGAUAUUUGUAAGAUAUUGCUCUGAUAUCAAAGAUGGCGAUGCCAUCUCUUUCCACUCUUUCUCUUCGUUCCUCCGUUCCUCCUGCGGGCACCGCCAACCCUCUGUGCCCCACUGUUUAAACAAACAAGGAUGGAGUCUCCCUGUCUUCCCAUCUAACAAGUCACGUGACCUGACGGACAAGGAAUGGACAGAGCUCUUGGACCAAUGCACGGCCGAAUGCGUCAUCUAA